GCUCCAGUUACUCCCCGUUGACUGAAGCAGGGGACGGUGGUCAGGGGUGAGCCAUCCAGGCUGAGAAGAGACAAAGCAGCGCCAGCACGAAUCACCUCAGACUGCACCAUCUUCAUCAUCAUCAUAUUCACCACCACCACCACCACUGUCACCUCAGCAGCAGCAGUGUGCAGGUUUCCCGCGGUGUUGAGAGGCGACGGCGGGCUGACACGGGAUCAGCCCAUGCAGGAGGAUGGAGAUAGAGAAGAGGACGAAUGGGUUCGACUACCCGGAAAGAAACAACACCAAGUCCGUCAACGGCUUUUACACUGACCAUCCGAUGGAGUCUGAACAGAAUGACAGCAUGGAUGAUCCAGCUGACCAGCGUACUUGCCUUAUCUGUGGAGAUCGUGCCACAGGCCUGCACUAUGGCAUCAUCUCUUGUGAGGGCUGCAAGGGCUUCUUCAAGCGCAGCAUCUGUAACAAACGUGUGUACCGUUGCAGUCGUGACAAGAACUGUGAGAUGUCACGCAAGCAGCGCAACCGCUGCCAGUACUGCCGCCUGCUCAAGUGUCUGCAAAUGGGGAUGAACCGCAAAGCAAUCAGGGAGGAUGGCAUGCCAGGAGGGAGGAACAAAAGCAUCGGGCCUGUUCAGAUCACGGAGGAGGAGAUAGAGCGGAUCAUGUCAGGGCAGGAGUUCAAGGAGGAUGCCCCGGAGCACAACUGGGGCAACAACGGCGACAGUGACCACAGCUCUCCCAGCAAUGGAGCUUCAGAGGGCAACCAGCCGUCACCUGCCUCCACACUCUCAUCCAAUCGCUCUGUGGAAAUGAACGGCUACACGGCAGCCCUCAGGGACCAGUACAUCAACACCUCCAUGUCCACACACUACCAGCUCCUGCCUCACCUGUUCAGUUAUGCUGCCCAGUCAGGCCUGCUGGCCCCCCAGCCCCGCAGCAUCUACCCACAGUCCCACCCCCUGGUGCUGCAGCUGGUGGCAGCUGAAAAUCUGGCCCCACUGGCCACACCUAUGCUCAUAGAAGACGGGUACAAGGUGACGCAGGUGGAGCUGUUCGCCCUGCUGUGUCGCCUGGCAGAUGAGUUGCUCUUCCGUCAGAUCUCCUGGAUUAAGAAGCUGCCAUUCUUCUGCGAGCUUUCCAUAGAGGACUACACCUGCCUGCUAAGCUCCACCUGGCAGGAGCUCAUCCUGCUCUCCUGCCUGACUAUCUACAGUGCCCAGAUCUUCGGAGACCUGGCUGACAUCACUGCCAAGUAUACACCGUCUGAUGACGAGCUGCAGGGCUUCAGUGAGGAUGGGAUGGAAGUCAUGGAGAGGUUGAUAUAUCUGUUUCGUAAGUUCCACCAGUUGAAGAUCAGUAAUGAAGAGUAUGCAUGUAUGAAGGCCAUCAACUUCCUCAACCAAGAUAUCAGAGGACUGUCCAACACCUCCCAGCUUGAGCAGCUGAACAAGCGCUACUGGUAUGUGUGUCAGGACUACACUGAGUACAAGUACCCGCACCAGCCCAAACGCUUUCCUGAAAUCAUGAUGUGUCUGCCGGAGAUCCGCUGCAUCGCAGGAAAGCUGGUGAAUGUCCCUCUGGAGCAGCUCCCGCUAUUGUUCAAAGCAGUCUUGCACUCCUGCAAAUCCAGCCUGACCAACUACAGGACCGGCCCAUUGCCCUGCGUGACCACCUCCGCUGGAAACUAGACCCCCCCGACAAGCAGAGUCGAGGGAUUGGUCCCCCCCCUUGUGAAUGUGACAAGCAGCUAGUUUGUUUUUUGUAACUUUUUUCUUUAUAUAUUUAUUACAUGACAGAGCUGAAUGUAUGCUGAUUUACACUGUGCACAUGCUUCUAUGCACAAAUGCUCGUAGAUGCAUUGGUCUUUGGAGUUUACAAGUGUGUAUCAAGUUUGCUCAAUGUGUCGGUGUUGCCAUUGUUAGAACUAGACUUUAAGAGAGUUUAUUUUAUUCAGACGGGGGCGGAUAGACACGUGAUGAGUGUUUUGAGACUACCUCAGGAAGAUGUUAUGAUGUUAUGUGUUUUCAGGUACCCUUUUUUUGCUGUUAAAUGAAGAGAGGCCCAAAACCAAAUUCCUGUGGAUGCUUUGGCAACUCAAUCAGAGACUGAAUGUUCAAAGGAGCUGCAUAAAUCAAAGAUUGAAAUCCAGUCUUGAGUUACACUGAAAAUGCUAAGCUAGUUAGAAAAACUGAGCUUUUUUAUCUGCAUGGACUCUUAGAUAUUCUGCUAAUGAGAGGUUAUCUUGUCAGUUUAACAUUCCAUGAGUUAAGUGACAGUGGUUGGUUCUGUGGGAUCUUCAUUGAAAAACGGAGAAUACGGGUAUUUUUUACAAUCAUAGACUGGGGAUGUAAGGCUUUAAUGAAGAGGAAGACGAGGAUAUGUAGGUUUGCUGUUAUAGUUUUUAUUGUUUUCCUUUUUUGACCAAAGUGUUAUGCAAUGCUUUUUUCAAACACCCAUUGAAUGGUGGGGAGCUGAUAGCUUCACAAAGAAAAAAGGUUUAUUAUCAAUGAAGGAUCAAGAUAAGAAAUGAAUCAAUCUAUGCUAGAGGGGAGAACCCUUUGCUGGACAGAUAAGUAUGUUGCCGCAUUUCAUUCUAAAUGCUACUAAACAUGCGCACAUUCUUAUGCACACAUACUAUAUGCAUAGAGCAGACUUUAUUCCCAGUCUUUGCUUCUCCCUUUGCUUCUCAUGAGACGGCUCAUUAUUUGGGCUCUUUUGCCUGUAGUACCAGGAACUUGGUGCUUUUUCAACAUACCUAAAUCUAAGGUCCGCAAUACUGUUGUGUUGUGGGUUAAAGUGGUAGUCUGUGUAAUGCUGAGGUCUUCAAUUCAUUCAGAACACACCAAAAUCAUGAAACAUAACUUUAGGUGUUCUAAAUAGCAAGAGAUCUUCACAGGUGAGUUGAUGUAUACUUGACCUAGUAGAACCAAAUUAGAACCAACAACAACUGGAUUAAAAUCAUAGAGGUCAAUUGAACCUAAGUCCAUGAGAAGUGAUUAACAGUAGGCGGUCAUUGCCGAUGGUUCAUUUUAAGCUGGUGCAGAGUGCUAGCCUCUGUUAGCUUUUCCAGCUUCAAACCAUUUGGGAAUACCCCAAAUUAAAAACAGACCUAAGACCAGUUGUAGUUUAAGUUAGACCUAACUUCAAUCUAAAGGGGACUAGUAAGUGUGACCUGGUUCAGUUCAGGUCUUCAGGGUUUAAAGGUUGUUCCGAAAAUCAAUAAGGUAAAUUUUAAGUUUAUCAACAGCAAAGAACUUGCGGAUUGUCACUUUAACCCAGAUGAAAGGGGAUUCAGUUGGAUUGAUCUGGGCCAUGUCUUAAAGAUUCUAGGCUAGUUUUUGAGAAUUUCAGUGACCUCUGGCAUGCAUAUAACCUCUGUGACAGAUAUGCACAUUGUUAAAAAAUAAAGCCAUAGAAAAUAGUCUUUAUUUUUGAAGUAUGAGAUGAUCACUUCAAACUACUUGAGGUUUCUUCUUGGUUUUCUUCAAGUUUUUAGCCGUUUCAUGACGUAUGAACAAUUUUGAAAUGCAGACACAAUGCAGUUCUUGCAACGACUCUUUUUUGCACACGACGGUGAGGUGUGGAGACCUUGACUCUCGGCCACUGCCCACCAAGCGUGUUGCUCUCUCUCAGGUCCCUGCCGACCUGGAUUUAAACAGGGUAAAGUGAGUGUUAUGUAUUGCAUUCAGGAGUUCCUCAGUGACCAUGCUGGUGUACUUGUAGUAUUAGUAGAUGUAGGUUCCAGGACAUUGUAGGUCCUCUGUAGAAAAAGUGUUUUUUUUCUCCACUUUAUUUCCCCCAAGUCCCCACUCCCCCCCAUUCGGUGAAAGUGAAUGUAGUUUUAAGGUGAGACAUGCAGUGUGGAUAUUCUCUUGGCAGUGAUUAUGGAUGGAGCAAUGUCUGUGGCAUCAUCAGAAUGUCAUGGCUUCUCCUGCAAGUUUCUAUCUACCACUCUGUAUGCAGCAUUAACUCUACCACUAGUCCAAUGCAGUGAUUAUCUUUCAAAUGUUUCAGUUAGCCUCUUUUCAUCUUUUGAUUUUUAUACAUUUUCAUGUACCUAUGUAGUUAUUGUGAAUGUUUUGGUUUUUUGUUGUUUUUCUUUUUUUUUGCAGAGUGAAGAGAAGGCUCUAUCAUUUUCAAAAUUUUCAACAGAUUCUUGACUUUUUUUACAUUAAUAAUUACUGAAAACAAAGUAUUACUCAGGCAAUGUCAGCUACAUUUUAUGUUGACAAUGCUGACAGUUUUUUAUGCAUUAUUUGAUUUAUUUACAAUGUGAUGUUGUGGAGCAAUUGUUGCUUUCAAACUUGAAUUACACACAUUUUCUACUACCAUUGUUCUCAGAGCAGCUGCAUCAGGUCUAUAGACAAUAUUAUCUGUGUCUUUACGGUAAAUUAUACAUCAUCAUCACACAGACUUCUCAGGUUAAAGGGUUAUUUUAGUUAAAUUAUAUUAAACAUACUAGAAAAAAAAUUCUCACUCACCCCGAGGAAUAUGUAGCCUUGGAAGUGGUUUUGAUUUGAUCAGCUGCAGUUUUGAAAUAUCUUUCACCCCCUAUAAAAUGGGAGUGGAUAGAGUUUAGCUUGUGGUGCUCACAUUAUUAGAAAAUUUAAUAUUUAAAAACAUGUCUUUCUGCAAAAAUCUGUUCUUUAGUCCUAACUGGAAUUGGGUUUUCAUUGGAACUACUUUCUUUCAAAGAAAUAGUCAAUAUGAAACCAGCAGCAGUGUGUAUAGUGCGCAGAGACUUAAAGAAUAUAUAUUUAUAAUGUACUUUCGUCAGUUAUGUAAGCACCACAUGGAUAUCUUAAAACCUAGCAUAUACAACCAGAACUAUAUACGGUGCCAGGUGAGAAAAUGUGUUUAUGCAAAUUUAUGAUGUGACCCUUUAAUCCACAUGUUCUCAGGGAUAGAUUUUUUCAUGUAACAGAAAUCUGUGUGAUGUGAUCGAUAAUGUUAAGGGAAAAAUCCCCCCAAAAUGCUUUAAAGUGUUUAAUGACAGAAAUUCCAAAGAUUUGAAAUACAAGUGUUAUCUGUCAAGUUUGGUGUGAGAAUGGAAAGACCAAGGACUGCCAUUUUUGCAUUGAUUAUCAACAGUCUAGCUUAUCUGUACAGAAACAGUCAGGGAAACAUAGAACCCUGCUAACUGUGAAAAUGUUCAGGGUGGCAAAGAACAAAGUCCCCUCAUGUCAAAGUAACUCCAGGAAUUUAGUGAACAUCACAGACUGCUGAGAUCUGACGGUGGAAGAGGAUCUGAAGUGGGAUUUUUCCUUUAAUGUAGCAGUUAUUGCUAAUCAAAGUUUAAAUAAAAAUAUCUACUGCUACAUUACUGCCACUGCUCUGACUUCCUCACUGGCAUUUUUUGAUACACAUAUGCUGAUGAAAGUGUUCCUUUUAUUUUCUGUAUUUGUAUUUGUAUUUUUUUUUGUGCAGACAAGGGAUGUCAUUUGCAAUUUCUGUACUGAAACUACCUCUUUAUUUGUCAUCAUGUUACUUUCAAAUAGGUGAUUUUUUUGUCUUAUUUAUUGGUUUCAUUGCACCAAUGUUCUGUUAUUUUGUCUCUUAUUUCACUCAGUGACCUCUCAGCUUUAGAACACGUGCUGAUGCCUGUUUUAUUUCCCAUUUUUCGAAUGCUUAAACAUGUUGCCUCAUUUUCCUUUCUAACUCACACUCGUCUGCUGCCAGCAGCUUUUAUUUCUUUGAUCUUUGACAUUUUUACAGGUUAAAUUAGUGUCAUCUUCUUAUAAUCACUCCUGCCCUGUUAUCCAUACAAAAGAUGAGAGAAUGUCAAUGACAAUGUCCGCGUACUGAUUAAGCAUUCACCUGAUGCAGGGCAUUCUUACUGCAGUUAACUAGUGCUUUAUUUUCCCUAGCUGUCCUUUUUGAAGUACGUCUUGUUAUCUUGUGAAGGGCUGCUGGUUGUUUACACUAUAAUCACCAUAUCAUGAUAUUACAGUGUGUCUGGGUUUUUUCUGUGGUCCUAUGAUUGUUGAUCAUUGACAGGGCCUUUCAAGGUAACAUGGAGUGUUAACAAUGGGACUGCUAUCAACUGUGACUUUGUUAAUGCUGCUCGUGAUCAAUUAUCAAUUGUCGGAGAAUGUAAAUGUUUAUCUCCUGUUUACAUGCUCUCACUUGCUCAUGUCACCCUGAUGCAGCGGCAUGCAACAACAGACAGUGCAGUGCAGUGUUAUCGCUGGGGUUGUACUUAUAACGCUUUUAAAUGGAAGCUGCCAGCCUUACUUACUGAUGUGAACGUCAUAAACGUAUGAAAAGUUCUGCCUUCAAAGUUAUAUUUUGUUUUUGUUUUUCAUCUUUCCAGUAACUUUAAGGACUGAUACAGAGAUUAUAUCCACACUUUAAGCAAUGUGAAAACCAUUUUUAACAUCCAUUAUAACCUUAGGGAAAUGGUUUUCAAUCGACCUAUCAAACUGUUGGCUUUAUUAGUAAACAGACUUUUUCAAAAAUAAUAACUUUUACUGUCUAGUCAACUGACAGUUUUCAUUGCUUGUGUUGGACUCCUGUUGCAAUAGUCUAAAGGUGCUGCCACUGGAUAGUCAAUGUCACAUUAACUGUAGGAAUAGCCAUUAAAAACGUAUAGAAAAGAAACGUAAAGUCAGAUUUUGCACUAUUUUAUUUUUUUGCAGAUGUCGUCAGGGAGGAACAACUGUUAAAAGCCAGUACAGGCAAACAACACAAAACGUGUUGAACCCUAGUGCUGUAGCACUGUGAUAACUGUGUUGUUCAGGAGCACAUUAUGAUAAUGAGAAGAGUUUGGAGGAAGUGAAGGAGAAUACAAAUCUGACAUAUCUCAGGGAAGAAAUAGAUUUACACAUGUCAACACCUGUGAUCAGACAAUUGAAAUGCCUUUAUGGUUUUCUCUCAGAAAUCUCUUGUCUGCUCUUGUUACUUUAACUACCUGUGAAGAAUGUGAUCCAUUACGUGUUAAAAGCAUGUUUAGAAUAUGUUAGGACUUGAAACCAAAUAAAUGUGAAUGUUAUGCAAGUGUA